GCCCAGGUUUUCUGUUCUCGGGACCUUCAGUAACACAAAAUGAAGUGACACCGUAUCGGUGACAUCAAUGUUGUCAUCACUGUGAACAGGUGAAGAGAGGAAAACAGCUACAGAGGUCCUGCUGCCUGAUGAUGACUGCUCUGGUCCGACCUGGAGUUAAUGUUUCAGGGCUAUGUGAGGAUGGAGAUAAGCUCCUUGAGGCUGGAGAGUUGGGGAGAGCUACCUCUCUGUACAUGUCUGCCUUCAGGACCCAUGCUGCCUCCACCGUGUCCCACAUGCGGAAACUGAACUCAGGCCUGGAUGGGGUGAUUGAUACUUUAGAAAGCUGGCUCGACAGUCAUGGGGAGGACCAGCCCACUGAGGGUCUCAAUAAAGGCCUUGCAGCUGUGUUUCUGUCCACACUGUGCCCCAACAAUCUGUCAGCCACCAUUUUCAAGAUGGAGUCUCUCCUUCAGAGUGGCGGGCAGGGCUGCGAGGAGAUUUUUGCUCGCUGCACUGCUCUGCUUGAUGGGAUGCGAAACCCUCAUCCACAAGGUGCGACUCGCAUGGUGUUGGAGAUAACUCGUGCCCUGGCCUGCUUGUUCACAGAGCCUCACAGUAUCAAGGGACUGAAGCUUUACCUCAAAACCUACCAGAAUAACAAAUCUGAAACUGUCUCACUGGUGAAAAGCAGACAAGCUCAGCACCUUCCCAAAAUAGUGAAGGCCUUUACAGACCAAGUGCUGCACAUACAUCCCUCUUUAAUAUUUGACAGUGAGUGUGUGGUGGCAACAAAAGAGAAUGAUAAACUAAAUGUAGAGAUGACUUCUACAAUUAUUGAGUUUUUGUUGGCUAUCUCACCCUGUAAUAAAGAAGUGCAGGAGCUCCAAGCAGCAUAUUUGUUUUUGACAGGCAGGUUUGGGGACAGUGCAGAGGUGUACUCUGCUCUAUUGCAUCAUAAUUAUUCUCAGAAAAUGUCAGAGAGUAGUGCAGAGAAGUCAUUUCAAGACUCUGCUGAGAGGACAGCUAGACUCUUAACUAGUCGAGCGGCUGCCUGCUUGUCAGCCGGUGGACGGACUGCGGAGGCGUGCAGGGAUCUGGGGGAGGCAUUUGAGAUCCACCCUGCCACUGCCCGAAUUUAUUUUCAAAAGCUAUUCACAGAUUAUGGUACAGGGGUGGCUGCUCGCAACCAUCUCCGUCAGCAGGCAGAGAGAGGCCUGUCUGGUUACAGAGAAAGGGUCCUCAUCCGUCCAGACCUGAGGUCCACUGAAGGAGUCGAGCUCCUGGACCCUGUGAUCACACAGUUACGGACUCUGUGCCAUUUAGAGGCAGACGGGGGAGGCAGAGAGCUACGGGUACGACUUGCUGACUGUCUUCUCCUCAGAGGGGAACACAAAGAGGCCCUCUCUAUCUGUAGCCAGCUAGCUGCCGCCCAAGGUCAGCAGAGCUAUCAAAACACAGUGCAGGUGCUUCGUGGAUAUGCACGGCUUCUCUCAGAUGACCGUAAGGGGGCAUUAGAAGACUUUCAGGCUGUGAUUGAACACAAUGCUCCUCACCCGUCCAGCUGUGUGCGGGCGCUCUGUGGCAGGGGGCUCCUGCGCAUGAUGGGAGGCUUCAACUACCUCACAGCUCUAGACUAUGUGACAGCCAGUAGGCUUCAUCCUCAGGAAACAGCACUGACUGUUCGCUGCUUGGUGCCAUGGAACUACCGGGGGCUGCUGUUUACUGUUUUACUGGAGCAGGGACGAGUCAUGCUGGAGGGGAGUGGAGAGCAUGAAUCCAAGUCCAGGUCCAGUGGUGGCUCCCAGCAGGCCCAGCAGAGGGAUCAGCCGCAGGCCCCAUCAAAGAGAGACAACCACAGAUCAGGGACUCCAGCAGGUGUCCAGUCUCUGGCUGUGCUCCUGAUGGAGCUCCAGCCUAGUGCUGAUGGGUCUCAGAUCCUAGCAGCAGAUGCCUUGUACCAGCUUGGCCGGGUGGAGGAGGCCUACCGGCUACUACUUUCCAUCGGGCCCACCAGUCCUCGAGCUCCCAUCCUGGCUCGUCUCGCACUGCUGCAGCUGCACAGAGGCUUUCUGUAUGACACCAAUCAGCUGCUGAAAAAGCUCAUUCAGUGUGGUGACACGAGCUGCUUGCGCCCCCUGUUGGCAGUGGCACAACAGAAGGAUCGAGCCCUGCUCCAGGCUCACUGCCACUCUGCUGCAAAACGCAUCCUGGAGGGCUCGCGAGAGGAGAGCAGCGUCAGGGAGGCUGUGGCAUACCUCUCCAUCGCUAUCAUGGCCUCUGGUGGUGAGGCAGCAGAGUCUCUGCUGGAGAGAGCGAGGUGUUACGCCCUGCUGGGCCAACGAAAGACAGCCAUCUUUGAUUUCAGUGCCAUUUUGAAGGAGCACCCAAAACACGUCCAGGCUCUCUGCGGAAGAGGCUUUACCUAUCUCAUGCUGAACCAACAAAAGGAAUGCACUCAUGAUAUCCUGGCAGCACUCCAGAUAAACACUGACAUAGUCACCAAAGACAUCCUGUCACUCAAGGAAAAGGCACGGAAGCUUGUCUGCGAUUGGCUGCAUCAGUUCUGUCGGACCAAUCUGUCAGACAUCCUGCUCGCUAAUGCCGUCCCCUGCCAUGAGGAGCAGCUCAGAGAGGCUUUUAUAAUUGGUGGAGCUCUGAUGAGGACUGACUGCAGAGACCCCAGAUGGCAUCUCCUCUAUGUGGACAUACUCUUAGCCAAAGGUGAAGUUAAGGCAGCAAGCGCUCAUCUGUGCCAGGUGUUUGGCCAGGAGCCAAGAGAUGCAGUGGCUCAGGCCAGGGUGGGUGUGGUUGAGGCCUGGCACCAGAACUACCGCAGCGCAGCUUGCAGGCUCAGCAAACUGACUGAGAAAGAUCCAUCCAUUCUGGUCUUUCUGCUGGCCCUGAUCCCAUUCAGUCAGCGAAAACGCAUGGCACAGGCAGCAGCACAGGAGGCCAGCAGUGUGUCAUCAGCUGGCCAGUGGGAUCAGGCCCUUACACUCCUUACUGUGUCAGUACAAGCAGUGGGCAAUCACAAACUCCAUUAUCUUCGCCAACGGGCUGCCUGCCUCGCUCAGCUGGGCCUACAUGAGCGAGCCAUAGCUGACCUGGACAGAGUUAUCCAGAAACACAAUGGCUCUGACUCCAGCUGCUCCGAGGACCCCCAAGUCUGGGCGGAGGACCUGUGUCGGCGGGGCCGCAGCCUGGUGCUGUGUUCCAGAGAAGCAGCAGCUCUGGAGGAUUUUACUCUGGCCUUGGAGCUCCACAAGAACCAGACCAUCCAGUGUGUGGAGGCUGGGCUGGGCAGGCUGCGUCUGGCUGAGUGCUUCCUGCGGGGGGCGCUGCAGCACUAUGGGGAGCAGCAGUUCAGUAAAGCUUGGACAUUAAUUGAAUGUGGCCUUGUUGUGGACUGUGAGAACACAGAGCUGCGCAGACUGAGGGCGAAGGUCAAACGAGAAGUGGCCAGCCCCUGCAAUGUCAACUAGGAUUUAUAAUCCUAAGUGCACAGGAGCUCCAACUGACCUCACAUAAUGUAGCCAUGUCAUUGCCUGUACUUUAAGAUGUUGUAUUGUGGAGGAACGAUCUAACUGAUGAGAGAUCUUCUUGAUGGUUCUUUGAGGCCACGGUGCUCAUUAUAUUCAAAUUAUGUUUUCCAAUUUCAGUCUAAAUUUGUAGCACUAACAACAGUGUUUGGAGGUACUCGUGUCCACCAAAGUGUUUUUUCUCAGCUAAGACAUUUUGGUUGCAUCUGAUUGCUAUGAUACAGAAUAUCUGCAGAAGAAAAAAUGUCGGCACAAGGUAAAGUGCUUGCUCUGGAUAAGUGAAUGCUGAAGCACGUAGGGAGAAAGCCAAACCCAACGGUCUAUGUGAAACAUAUAUUAAUAUAAAUACAGUAUAUUAAGAUAUGUCUCUUUCAUAGUUGUUGUUGUUCAGCACAUGUAAGAUGUAAUGGUUGGUCUUCAUGGUAUUUUUCCUUCCUAUCCUGUGAUUGAAUGGCUGGGUAAAAAGUGACAGUGAUGAGUGUAACGUUUUUCCCAAAGCUGAACAUUUUCCACUCUCAGCAUUCACUGAGUGCCUUGUCAUGCUGCUGGCAUUUGUAACAUAGUGCAAAUGUGCAGCGCUUCCCUGGCAGAGAAUUUUAAAAAGACAC